CCACGGGACACUACAGUGAGCUCCAGGCCUCUGACGGACCCCUUGGCUCUCCAGUGCACCGAAAGCCCUUCUGCACUCUUCCACACCCGGCUCUGCAGGAGGCCAUUUGCUACAGCUGUCCUGAAGCCAUGGCCCUGUGUCUCCUAUGGCUGGGCCUCACCAUGCUGGGGGCCCUACAGAGCUCUGCAAGGACUGCCAACAACUCCUCUCUGAACUUGAUCCUGAACCCAUCUCUGAGCAUGGUCCCUCUGCAUCCAGACUUCCAGGAUGACAAGUUCCAGGGGAAGUGGUACGCCAUAGGUGUGGCAGAAAGCAUAUUUCAGAAUGGAACAGAAAGCCAGUUGGAAAUGUACAGCACCACCUUCGAGCUGAAUGAUGAUCACAGCUACAAUGUCACCUCCAUAAUGCCCAAGGAAGAUACUUGUGAUCUCUGGAUCAGAAUAUUAUCCCCAAGUGUCCAUCCUGGCCAGUUCACCCUGAGCAAUAUGCAAGAUUAC